UUCAAGUCAUUAACGUCGAUCAACCGAGAAAAACCCGACUGCUGUUCGGCGAACAAAAUGUCUGCUGCUACACCAACAGAAACCUUAAACCCGCCGGUUAACCAGCAGGAUUCAUCAAACCACGUCGAACCAAUUGAAGCCCCUCCCGAAUUGACUCCCAAUACUGAUAGUGACACAACUGCGGAAAAGCGAAAGCGCGAGGACCCGGACCCGGAAUCAAGCCCGAACAAAGGCCGGGAACGUGAGAACCACCCAUUCUGGAAGACGAGCCUUUGCUCCUAUUUCAGGCGGUCCAAAGGCUCGUGCAGUCACGGUGACACGUGCCGAUACGCCCAUGGGGAGUUGGAGCUCCGGCCCCGACCCGACAACACUUGGGACCCGACAUCCGAGCGAGCUAAGAAGAUGGCCAGAAUAGAUGAGGGUGGUGGGACAGGGAAGGAGGAUAGGAAUGACUGCAUGAUGACAGAGGCUUUUGCAGAUGGAGAAGAAGUUGGUGGUUCUUCAGAGGCUGGGUUGGCUAAGUGUGUCGUGAACCUCCCAAUGAAGUGGACUUCGGAUAAUUUAAGGAACUUUCUCGAUGAAAAUGGAAUUUCCUUUAAGUCAGCUAAAAAGAAGAAAGGUAUGGUUGUCGGAUUUGUGAGUUUUGAAAGUGCAGAGCAAGUUAAUAGUGCAUUGAAGGAGUUGGAUGGAAAGUCUAUUGGCAGCAAAAAUUUGAAGAUUGGAGAUGUGAUACAACGAUCAUUUGAUAAGAAAAAUAAAGUGGCUGUGCCCAAUGCUCAGGAGCAUGAUCAGAACGCUGUGUCAGUCAAUGGAAGUUCUGAUAUUGAUGAAUCUUCAAUUGACACUGAAAAUGGUGAACCAACAGAUGAAUGUUCAGCACCAAAUAAUUCAGAUUCAAAGGGUAGAACUGCUCGUGAUGUAGUAACUCCACUUGCGCAUAUGCCUUAUGCUGAUCAGUUAGAGCACAAGAAAAAGUCUCUUACCCAGACCCUCAAAAGACUGACUCGAAAUGCACGUAAAGCUUGUCCAAAUGGUGUUCCACUUCCAGAAUGGGUUCUCAAAUCUAGAGAAAUAGGUGGUCUUCCCUGCAAAUUAGAGGGGAUAAUUGAGUCACCUGUUGUCAAUGAGUAUCGUAACAAGUGCGAGUUCUCUGUGGGUUACUCCCUACAAGGAAAACUAACAGUGGGAUUUCUGCUAGGCAAUUUCAGGGAAGGUGUUACAGCUGUUCAGGAACCUGUGGAUUGCCCGAAUGUAUCUAGAAUUGCUAGCAGGUAUGCUGCAAUCUUUCAGGAAUUUUUGACUCACUCAAGCUUUCCUAUUUGGAACAGAUUGAAUAAUACGGGAUUUUGGCGUCAACUGACGGUUCGAGAAGGGAGGAAGCCAGGCAAAAGUGCUGAGGUUGAGAAUUCUGAUAUGACUGUUUCAGAGGUUAUGCUCAUGGUUCAGGUUUGCACUACGGGCUUUGAUGAUGAAAAGGUAAAUGAUGAACUUCAAAAGAUGGCUCGAGAUUUUUCUUCAAGAGCUACUGCAGAGUCUCCUUGUUUGCCUUUAACAGCCAUAGUUGUCCAGGAUCAUAAAGGAAUUUCAAAUGCAGCACCAGCUGAAGCUCCUCUGCAUUCCCUUCCCAUUCCCAGGGAAUGUAGUGAUUCAGGAGUUGUUGCACCUUAUGAUGGUGUUGAAGCUAGAAUUCAUGAUUACAUAAGUAAUCUCCAGUUCUCUAUCUCUCCGACCGCCUUCUUUCAGGUUAACACCCUUGCAGCUGAGAAGUUGUACGCGCUUGCUGGGGAGUGGGCUGGCUUGGGUCCUGACACCUUGCUUUUUGAUAUUUGCUGUGGUACAGGAACAAUAGGUCUUACCUUAGCUCAUCGUGUUGGCAUGGUUGUUGGCAUCGAAAUGAAUGCUUCUGCAGUUUCAGAUGCUGAAAGGAAUGCUGAUAUUAAUGGUAUCAAAAACUGCAGAUUUAUCUGUGCAAAGGCAGAGGAUGUAAUGGGGAGUCUCCUGAAAGAGUACCUGACUUUAUCUCAGAAACAAGAGGAAAUUUUGGAACUGGCUGAGGACAACAAAGAAGUCAAAAUUUCUGAAACAACUUCUACAGAAAGUGCCCUAGAACCUCAAGAAAGCUCAGAUCUUGAGAACAUGAAUUGUCAUCAUGAAUCUGGGUCUCUGGAUAAUGGAAAUGUAGAAGCUGACACCCAAUACAAGAGCUUUUCAUCCUCUGAAAAUGGGACCACCUCAACGAAGCAGUUUAAAAAUAUUGUUGCCAUUGUAGAUCCUCCACGUGUUGGUCUUCAUCCUACUGUCAUCAAAGUUUUGAGGACAAAUACAACUUUAAGGAGACUCGUCUAUAUUUCCUGCAAUCCUGAAAGCUUGGUUGCAAAUGCUAUUGAACUCUGUACUCCAUCAGCUGAUAAAACUGAGAAAGGGGGUCAAAAGAAUAACUGGGCAUGGAGAAAUAUGAGCAGUGCUGGUCUUGCUCGUCAUAGGGCUAAAUCCAUGCCUUAUUCUGAGCCUUUUAAACCUGUCAAAGCUAUGGCUGUUGAUCUUUUUCCACACACUCCACAUUGCGAACUGGUGAUGCUUCUGGAAAGGUAAAUAUAGCUGCUAGACAUUCCCAAAAAAACUAUAACGUUUUCUACUUUUGAAAUUUCGGUAUAGGGAUCUUUUGUUUUCACUAAAGUUAAGGCUGAUAGAACAAUUAUAGUUGUAAUUUGGCAUAGUGAAAAUUUUAUCUUGCGGGCGCAAUUUUGUCCCUUGUUUCUGUAUUCUCUGUAGGAGGUUCACAUGUGAGGCUAUCCCAAUAGAUAUAUUGUGACAUGCCUUUUACAAGAAUUUUCAUCUUCUUUUGUCAUUUAGACUUUGAUGAUUUUCAUUUUGAUUAUAGAUUCACUGAAAAUGGCAGAAAGGUGUCCAUUUCUGUGGAUUGCCCAGAUUAUUUGACAAGAUUUUUGAAGCUAUGAUCUAAUUUCUCCUACCUUUGAUACUGA